AAUAAGAGCAUAAAACAUUUGUGAGAACAAUAAAAUGUCAAUGAACUAAAAUUUAGAUAAAAGAAAUUUUAAAUUAAUUAGUCAAAAGUGUAGCGGAGGCAAAUGUAUUGUUUAUUUGAUAUUCUGUAUAAAUAUAAAAUAUUACCUUGCUUGAUCUUUAUUGUAAAUAUCAGAAGAUUCUAGGAUUUUUGCUUUAUUAAGUCAUUAUAAACACUUCAUGUUACUUCAAGAGUCAGGUUUAUAACAGUAAGAAUUUAUUUUAUAAACAAUUUAAAACAUGACUAAUUGGUUAACUGUUAUUUACUGUGACUGGAUGGAGCUAAAGGUGAUGUAUGAACCUAUGUGUGGAUGCAACGUUGGUCAGAACCUCCGUAUCUCUGAGAGCUGAGUUCUGGAUGUAAAGAAUUUGGUCUGCUCUAAUCUAUAAGUGGUUAUCAUCAAAAGAACAUCAGACGCUAUCUGUGUGUCUACAUUACCCGUAUUCAGAGAGAGACCCUCUUGGUGGAUCCGAAAGUCAGAGAGGUCGGCUGGCCGCUGGCACCGGAGGGCUGUAGAAUACGGUGGUACCGAUCUUCAGUCCGGAGAUGUCUCGGGUCACGACAGCUGGAUGGAACGAGCGUCUGGAGGACUCUUAAGGAGUCUAAACAGUAUCAGCUUGUUCUGCGGGAACUGUUGGCUCAUCAGCUUCAGGUGCAAAAAGGUUUUGACGACGUGUCAAAAUCUUUGAUGGUUAAAGAGGUUUGGCUGCAGACGGCCGGUCUGAAGCUUUCUCUACAACUGGCAAAUUACUCAGCAUGUUUUAGUUGUAAAGUUUAGCUGUUAUGGUUUGGACAGCCAAUCAGAGGCUGACACGUUUGGAGAUGUUACCGAGGCAACUCCGAAACACGCCUUCUUUGAUGUGGAGGCUCUGAUCUGGGUGAAAGGUUAGCUAUGUGUCAUGGAUUUAGCUUAACCGUACGUGUUGUUGUGUGGAGCAGGUGUGAGACCUUGUGGUCAGACAUGGUGAACACGUGGCAGGUUCAGUAGACAACAUCACAUCACAUCCAUUCAGUGAGCACAGAUGAAUGAAGCAUGUCAUUAUGCUAUAAUCAUCAUAAGUAGUGAUAAACAAAUGUUUAUUUAAUGAUUAUCUAGAUUAUAAGUCAUGGAAGGAGUUUAUAAUCAUUCUUGAAUUUAGCAACUGAUUGGAGCUGGAUCUUCUUUCUUCUGGAGCAGACCGAUGGGACCUUGGGAAAGAAAGUUAUUGUUUAUCCUUCCAGUCUAGCAGAGUCUGAGUCCCAGCUGGUGUGAAGCAGGCUCAUCUAAACACGAGCAGUGUUGUGUCUCCUUUCUGACCAGAUGCUGAAUAGAUGGUGAAAGGUCAGGCUGUGCCUACGCUGACCACUGCUGGACGCUACAAAACAAAGCUGAGAACAAAAAACAAAACCAGAAACCAAAAACUUUAGGAGAAAGCCAUCCUAUAAACAUGAGUCUUCAACCUGCUCCUAAAGACCGCCAGUGAUGGGGAGCUGGUUCCAGAGAGAGGGUGCGAGGACUAGAAAAGCCAGACCACCACGAGUCUUAAAUCGAGUGCGGGGGACGAUAAGCAUUUCCUGGUCAGCUGACCGUAAUGACCUUGAGGGAACAUGCUUUAUUAGGAGCUCCGCUAAGUAGGUGGGGGCACAGCCUUGGAACAGCUUAAACACAAAAAGCAGAAUUUGAUGACAUUUGAUGACAUGUGGGCUUAAUCUGAAGGAUUGAGGAUAAAAUGUAUAGUAUUCAAAAGCACCUUAGGGCUGUGUGCAUGUUGUGCUAUGAGAGAGGAAAAUGCAGGAGCUACACAGUUGAUGACAUUUCAGCAAACUGAGUUAAAAUCAAUAACUAGCUGGUCUGUAUCAAUAAAAAUCUAUUAUGAAAUAACAGCAGCAAAGUUUUCUGAGGUCAUAUUAGAACUGGGUAUUGAUUCAAAUUUCAAGAAUCGAUUCGACUCAGAUUCUCAAGAGUUAGAAUCGCUUAUCACGAACCGAACCAGUUCAGUCUGCUCCAGUUCGAUAUUAUAUGGGUCGGUGCGAUCGAAACAUCUGUUUGAGCGGUUACCUUAAAUAAACCGUGCUGUCGUUCUUUUUUUAAAACACAGAAACAGUUUGGUUACCUGUUUUCCCCGCGGAUAAACGGAGAAGGAAGUGACGCCACCAUCAGCGUCAGCCUGAGGAAGUCUGCAGCCGCAGACGAAACGUAGCGCGGGUUAACAGGUAACGAAACUGUUUCUGUGUUUUAAAAAAAGAACGACAGCAUGGGAUUAGAACCACGACACAGCAAGAACACACCUACGAUGUUCAACCCUAAUUAAACACCUGUAAUUCAAUGAUGCAGCGGUAACGAUCUGUAGGAGGUUACAUAUAAUAAAUACAAUAGAAUAUAAAGAUAUUCAAUAAAAUGUAAUAUUCCAUAAAAAUAUGGAUUAUCAAUAUUAUUGAUCCUUUAAUAUGAUUGAUGAUGAAAGUCGGUACUUUGGUUAAUCAGGGAAACAACACUUAAUAAUAAUUUAACACAGAGACAAAAAUAUAGUUUAUAAAAUCUAAUUAUUACUAUAUUAAUGAUGAUGAAAGGCUAAUGAUUGAAAAUGGUGACACAGUGAUGUUAGAUGAGACCAUGAAUGAACUGAUGAAACAUGACCUGGUGUGUUUGAGUUUUCUAAGUGGCUCAGAAAGGUGUGAUGUCUGGUUUAUUAAAUAAUCUGGAUGUUUGUUGGAUGUAAUUUAACAAGUUAUCAGAUUAAUAAUAAACCACAAUGAUCAAUCAAUCAAUCAAAGCUUUAUUUAUAAAGCGCCUUCCUGUCGGGAAGCCCAAGGCGCUGAACAAGAUGAACAAUAAUGAACAAGAGUCUGCUUCUAAACCUGCAGGAAGAGAAAAACAACACACAACAAUACAUCAGGAGCAAGCUGUCACCGCGUCAGCCUGAUGAAGAAAUACAAAAUCAAGAUUGUUUAACUGAACAAUCACGAUAAUAAAUCACAGUGCAUUUAGUGCCAACCACAGCCUUAAGACCUGUGUUGAACGUGCCCAAGUCCAUACUUAUGAGAGCACCAUGUGAGCACCUGUGUGUGUACACGCGCUUGUUUAUGUAAGGUUUCUCUAUAGGAGCGUCCAACAGAGAGUGUGAGGGACCACAGAUCUGCCCCCCAAAGAUGUGCAGGAGACGGGGGAGCUCCAAGUCCCAGAGAUCCAGGAGCUGUCCCAGAGCGCAAGGACCCCAGGAAGACUGCAAUCAGAAAAGCCCCCGCCCCCCUCUCGAGAGGCGCAGAGGAUCACCCCAGGGGGCCACAACCAGCAGCCGGCAGAGUUCCAGGAGAUAUCAGCGGCUACCACACAGGCCCGCCCGCAGCCUUCCACCCCCAAGCCAGCAGAGCCCGGAACCCAGCGACCCAGGGGCGACAAACCCCGCUGGGGACCCAACAGAGCCCAGGGACUCAUAUCCCACCAGGCAGCCACCGGGAUUAAUCAGGCAGACGCUAAAAAUCUUAGACCCUCUGACCCGGGAGCUGCGAACACUCAGGCAGACCAAGGCACCACACUCCACACCAGGUCUGGCAGGGGGAGGGGAGACGAAGAUCUAUAUCAUCAAAGGAGGUCCCAGAAGAGGGGAGGAGUCCAAGACCCCACCUGACAUAUACAGUCAUACACAAACACAGUCACACACUCCCUCCCUCAUGCUCACACACACACACACACAACCUGACUUACAAAAAUGCACGCCGGACACCCACUCAUGCUCCCCAUACACACCCUAUUCACUCUGGUCCCGGUACUGCUGCACAUGGGGUACAACCAUCACCGGUAACCAGAGUUCGCCCCUUUCUGCUGGGGUGCUGAUGAGCAGGCUCCCCCGCCCAACGCUGAGCACAGCAACCCACCACCCCAGACCCCAACAUGACGGCCAGCUCCCCUCCCAGUUGGAACAGGAAGUGGUCAGUCUUGACCCUGGGUCUGAAUGUCCUGUCAUUAAACGCACCACUGUGACUCCAGGAAUCAAAUCAGAAGACAAAGUUCACAAAGGUUCUCAAGUCAGUCAACCUGGACUUAGGGUUGGAGAGAUGAAGAAAGCCAUGUACUCAGUGGAGAUUAAGGUGGAGCGGGACAGAGUGACGGGGGAAACCAGGAUUCUGUCCACUAACACUACACUUCCUGUUGAUCUCGCCGACCUUGGGGUUAAAGUCUACGAAGACGAGCAGAAAGUGGUCCACGAGGUGAAUGGUGAAGAUGCUGUCCAGAUGCUCAGCUCGUCACAGGUGGAUGAGCUUCUCUACAAAGCUGAUGAGGCAUCGAUGAUGUCACAGACCACCCUGCCAAAAGCCAAAGUCCAGGAAGAGCCAGGCCCAUCACUGGGAACUGUGAUUGGCACCAUGCUGGACCUGAUGCCAAGGUCCUCAUCAGAUCCCCCACAGGGCAGCACUCCAGACUGUCCAAAGGGCCCUGUUCUAGACGUCCCACAGGGUCCCACUCUGGACUCUCCGCAGGGCCAUUUUUUGGGUCCACUUGUGGCCACAGAGAUCACUGGAAUGGAGGCAAACGGUGGAGCUGAGCUGAGCGUGGCAGAGCCCAGUGCCGACAACCCAGUCACCAUGGUGUUCAUGGGAUACCAGAAUGUGGAGGAUGAGGAUGAGACCAAGAAAGUUCUGGGGCUGCAGAGGAUGGUGAAGGCAGAGCUUGUACUCAUUGAUGAUGUCAAUAGAAAGGUUGAUUCAACUGCUCUGUCCUCUUCACCGCCCAUUUCCACCAAACCUCCCCAGGAAAAAGUGGGAGACAAAGAGGGAGGAACAGUGGAAGUGAAGGAGAAGCAGCCGUGUAAGUGCUGCAGUAUCAUGUGACCUUCAUGUGCUCUUAAUUAGACGGUUAACCUGCAGUAAUUAACUCCACCUUCUGGCCAAAACCCUGGGGUGUUUCUCCAUGUCAAGGCGCCUGGCCUCGCAAGGCCAGGCGCCUUGCUUAAGAGGACACGGCCCUUCCUUGGACAAAGAAAACGAGUAAACGGAAAAGAGUUGCAUCACGUGACCGCGGCUUCCACGACGGUCACGUAACGUCAUGUGACACGGGAGAUAACGUUAUAUUUUAUAUGUAUUAGUUUCAAUAUGAAUAUAUAACGAGGCUUUUUCUUGUUAAAGUGUGUUUAUGUUUAUUAAAUAAAAAAUAUAAGUGAGUUACUACCCGCUAGCCACUGAAGCUGCAACUACUAAGCUACUAACCAACCGUAGAUAACUUCUCUGGAUCUACAAAAACAUUUUAAAUUAUUUGACUUACUUUUAAACUUGAAAAUUGCCCCCGCUGUAGCUGCCGGCUUCUGAUCCAUCGUCCUUUUGAAAAUACUGCGGUGUAUUGUGGGUAAUUUUUGACCAAGGCUAGGCUACAAGACACCUCCUGUGUAUCCUUGCUCAGCUAGCUAAACGGCUAACAAAUGGAGAACAGACGCCUCGGUAGAACAUGAACACUGGAACCGAUUGGAACACGUCUUGGCGGUUCCUGAUGACGUAUCUCCUAGGCAACUGGGGUGGGGCCAAGACAUCCAGGCGAGGCUCCUUGACAUUGAGAAACAUCCCUCCCUGCCUCUAACAUGACAUUACUUCCUGUUUCCUUCUCCUAUUAGAGUAAGUCACCCCCUACCAGAGUCUUACUACACACACACACACACACACACACACACACACACACACACACAUCCAAGGGACUCCGCCUCCUCCAGUCGUCCAGCCUGUCCUGGAGGCUCCACCCGAGGCCUGGCUUCCUCCUGUGGCUCCACCUCCUCUGAUGUUUCAGCAUGUCUGAGGCUCCGCUGAGGUCCGGCCCCCUCCCGUGGCUCCACCUCUUCUGAUGGUUCAGCAUGUCUGAGGCUCCUCCCGAGGUCCGGCCCGUCCUGUGGCUCCGGCUCUGCCAGAGUCCAGGUUCUAGUCCCUGCUCUUUUCGUCAACAGCCAUCCAGAACUCUGCUGGUUCCUGCCUCCUAUCACCAGCUUCUGUGGACUUUGUUUUCCUUUUGAUUUGUCUAGUUCCCAUUGUUUUAGCUGCCGCUCCUGCGCGCCUCACCCGCCCUGAGGGGUUGUUUUUGGUUGUUUGGUCCCGCCUCCCAUGCCCUGUGUUUCCUUGUCUCAUGUCUCGUUUUGUCUAGGGUUAGGGUUGUGUGUGUUCUUCAGUCAUUCCCUGUUCAUGGUUUAGGGUGGUCUAGUUUAGUUGUACUUAUGUGUUCUAUUUGUGGGUUCUGUUAACUCAGUCAUCCAUUAGUGUAUUCUUUCAGGGUUUGGUUCUUCUGUCUGAUGUUUCGGGAUAUUAAAGUUUUAUCAGACUCAGUCCUCUUGUGUCUCUGCAUCACCUCCCAUCCUCUGUUGGUCCUCCUCAUCAGUAAUCAGUGCACCUGCUCCCUUUGUCACUUCCUCCUCGGUGUAGUUAAACCCAGCCCAGUUCAGUGUUUCUUGUCGGUUCCUUGUGUUUGUGCUUGUUGCCUGCUCCUGUUCCACACAGUCUAUAAUAAACACAGAGUUAUAACCUA